AUGGCGGCUGUUAGUAAGUAUCUGACAGCCGGCAAUUCCUCCAUCGCAGGUGCUUUGCUGUUCGCCGCUUAUGUGUUAAAACAAAGACUGUCAACGGAAACCAAUGGUUACAGAGAGAAGGGGUCAUCAAAACCACUGCGGGACAAUGAGAAGGACAGAAAGACAGACAAGGCAGCAGUGGACAAUGUUUUCUUCAGGCGGAUUUGCCAUAUCUUGAAAAUCCUGAUGCCACAAGCUUUUUGCAAAGAGUCAGGAUAUUUGCUUCUGAUCGCUGUCAUGCUCGUUGCCAGAACAUACUGUGAUGUCUGGAUGAUACAUAAUGGGACUAUGAUUGAGAGUGCAAUCAUUGGACGUUCGACGACUACUUUCAAAAGAUACUUGGUCAACUUUAUCACAGUCAUGCCUUUUAUAUCUCUAGUGAAUAACUUCUUAAAGCUGGGAAUCAAUGAACUGAAGCUGUGUUUCAGAGUGAGACUGACCAAUCACCUGUACAAUGACUACUUGAAGGGGUUCACAUACUAUCAGAUUGGCAACCUGGACAAUCGCAUCGCCAACCCAGACCAGCUGAUAACCCAAGAUGUGGAGAAGUUUUGUAACAGUGUGGUGGACCUCUAUUCCAACGUCAGCAAGCCUCUACUCGACAUCCUGAUCUACAUCUUCAAACUGAACACAGCUAUUGGUAGUCUUGGUCCUGCUACUUUGCUUGGUUAUCUGCUGUUGUCCGGUUUGCUCCUGACAAGGCUGCGCAGGCCGAUCGGGAAGAUGACCGUGACAGAGCAGAGGUAUGAGGGCGAAUACAGAUACGUCAACUCUCGCCUCAUCACUAACAGUGAGGAGAUUGCAUUUUACAACGGCAACUUGAGAGAAAAGCAAACUAUUAUUGGAACCUUCCAGAAACUGGUGGACCACUUGAGUCGCUUUAUACACUUUCGGUUCUCAAUGGGAGUUAUGGACAGCAUCAUAGCCAAAUAUAUAGCAAUGGCAGUGGGUUAUCUGGUCAUCAGCCGGCCAUUUUUGGACAUUUCAAACCAACGGCACAUUAACAGCACAUAUGCUGAGCGACUGGAAGACUACUACCAGAGUGGCCGAAUGUUGAUGAGCCUGGCCCAGGCUUUAGGAAGAAUCGUCCUGGCAGGAAGAGAGAUGACCAGACUCUCUGGGUUCACUGCACGAAUCACAGAAAUACAAGAAGUCCUGAAGGAGCUGAAUUCGGGAAAAUAUGAGCGAACCAUGGUGACACAUCGAAUUAAAGAUACUGCAGUAGAUAAAAUCCCUCUUAUCCCCGGGAGAGGUGAAAUCAUCAUUGCAGACAAUAAAAUCAAGUUUGAACACAUUCCUUUAGCGACACCCAAUGGAGACAUCCUGAUCAGUGACUUGUCAUUUGAGGUGUCAUCUGGGACAAAUGUGUUGGUCUGUGGCCCUAACGGAUGUGGCAAGAGUUCCCUCUUCAGAGUCCUAGGAGAGUUGUGGCCUUUGUGUGGAGGAAAACUGACAAAACCAGAGCGAGGGAAGCUCUUCUAUGUCCCUCAGAGGCCCUAUAUGACCUUGGGUUCCCUUAGAGAUCAGGUGAUCUAUCCUGACACGCUUGAAGACCAAAUGAAGAAAAGAACAUCUGAUCGGGUGCUGAAGGAGUACUUGGACAAUGUCCAGCUGGGUCACAUCCUGGAAAGAGAGGGCAGCUGGGAAAGCGUGCAGGACUGGAUGGACGUCCUCAGUGGAGGAGAGAAGCAGAGGAUGGCUAUGGCUCGUCUGUUCUACCACAAGCCGCAGUUUGCCAUUCUGGACGAGUGCACCAGUGCUGUGAGCGUGGAUGUGGAGGACUUCAUCUACAGCCACUGUCGGAAGGUUGGCAUCACACUGUUCACAGUCUCCCAUAGAAAAUCACUGUGGAAGCAUCAUGAGUAUUACCUGCACAUGGAUGGAAGAGGAAACUACGAGUUUAAACCCAUCACGAAGGAAACAGUGGAGUUCGGAUCAUAG